AUGGAAACUUUAAUUAGAUUGCAAAAAGAUAUCGCCUCAGCAAUAAGUAGAAGUAGGGUUAAUUUUAAAAAGUCUCCAAAGGAGCGUCUAACAUUUACAUAUGUAGAAGCUCGCCUUGAAAAUUUAGAAACGCAAUGGCUUUCAUUUAAAGACACUCAUAGAAAACUUGUAAGUCAAUUUGAUACAGAAAAUUUAGAUAGUUCAGAUUAUUUUGAAGAUGAUACAUAUGAUUUGACGGAGGAAGCCUAUUUAGAAUACAAGUCGAUAUUAAAGGAAACGUUGAGGGGUUUGCAAUUAAAUGAUAAAAAUAAUGUUGGUUUACAAAUUAACGAAUCAGUAGGUCAAAAUAAUUUAAUAAAUGUACGAUUACCUAAAAUUACAAUUCCUACUUUUUCUGGAAAUUAUAUAGAAUGGACUUCCUUCCGCGAUUUAUUCGUUUCUUUGAUUCAUAACAACGCUUCAUUAGAUAAUGUUCAAAAGUUGCACUAUUUAAAAUCACAUCUCUCUGGUGAAGCAGAACAACUACUACGUCACAUACCUAUUACUAGUUCAAAUUACAAUUUAUGUUGGGAUCAAUUGGAAAAUCGCUACAAUAAUAGAAGGUAUAUUAUUAAUUGUAUUCUAAAGAAGUUUAUGAGUCAAAGAAAUAUUGUUUCAGAAUCGUCUCAGUCGUUAAGAGAAUUAUUAGAUAAUACCAAUGAGUGUAUGAAUGCUUUGAAAAAUUUAAAUUUAAAUAUAGACAAUUGGGAUGUUUUAAUAAUUUACAUUUUAUGUCUUAAAUUAGAUACUGAAUCUAGGAGGCAAUGGGAAGCUAAAGUUUGUAAUUUAACACAAGAAUUGCCUACUAUAGAUCAAUUUAAAUUGUUUUUAGAACAAAGAUUUAGAUCUUUAGAAUUUAGUGAUAAUAAAAAUUCAAAGCACUGUAAUAAGAAUGUCACUGCUAAAUCAUUUCAUGUAACUGCUACUGCUUGUCCUUAUUGUAAAGAAAGUCAUAAGUUAUGUUUUUGUAAAAAGUUUUGUAAAGAAAAUAUAGACUCACGACGUGGGUUUGUUCAGUCCAGGGGUUUAUGCUUCAACUGCUUGGGUCCGAAUCAUUCGGUUAUAUCAUGUCAUCAGUCUACUCGUUGCCGAGUGUGUAAAAAGCGCCAUCAUUCUCUCUUACAUCCUAAAACUGCACCUCAACAGUCCGAGGAAAAUAACUCGGGCGCUAAAGAUGUCGUGUCUGCGACGUCAUCACAAGGUGAGUCUAAUGUUGUUACCUGCUUCUCAAGUAUUCAAAGCCAAGUGUUACUGGCCACUGCCUUAGUGAAGGUCGAGAUGAGAUCUGGAGCAACAAUGACGUUGAGAGCCUUACUUGAUCAAGGUUCUCAGGCUUCGUUUAUAACCGAAGCCGCUGUCCAACUUUACGGUUUAAAGAAAAUACCACACAAGAGCCUUAUUUCAGGAUUAGGAAGUGAUCAUAGUGGGAUGUUGAAAUCUAAAUAUAUUGUUAAUUUAAAUAUUCAUUCACUUCAUAAUUCCAGUUUUGUUCUCAGUAUUAAGGCUCAUGUUAUGAGUAAACUUACAUCUUUCUUACCCGACAGGAAAGUUAUUGUAAAUUGUGUUAAGGGUUUAUCAAAGGAAGAUUUAGCCGAUCCCAUGUUCAAUGUACCCAAUAAAAUUGAUUUAUUAUUGAGUGCCGAGGUAUAUGCCCAGAUAUUAGAAGACGGUUUAAUCAAAGGUCCGCCUGGCUCUCCUAAAAAAACCAGACUAGGUUGGAUCUUAUCUGGUCAUAUUUAUUCAAGACGUGCGGAUGACGCUUGUAAUAAUCUCAACGUUAAAAUUAUUAAUAUGCAUACUCAGUUAGAUGAUAAUGAAUUACUCCGAAAAUUUUGGGAACUUGAAGCAGAACCUAAUAAUAAAAUUAAAAUUUUAACAAAAGAUGAAGAAGAAUGUGAAACCAUAUUCCGAAAAACUACCAGAAGGGAUGAGACAGGGCGCUAUAUUGUUAACUUACCUUUUAGAAAUGUCCAUCCAAGAUGUAAAUAUGGUGGAUCUAAAGAAAUCUGUGAACGACAAUUUUUAAACUUAGAAAAACGACUUUCAAAAAAUCCCGACUUAAAGGAAAGUUACCAACACGUAUUGAGUGAAUAUUUGACUUUAGGUCAUAUGGAAGAAGUGGAACCCAUUGAUGAAAAUGACGCUGUUUAUCUUCCACAUCACGCUGUUGUUAGAGAAGACAAAAGCACUACGAAGGUCCGAGUAGUUUUUAAUGCAUCAUGCAAGGGCAGCAAUGGUGUAUCUUUGAAUGACGAACUAUUAGUGGGUCCAACUUUACAACCCGAAUUGAGACAUUUAAUCAUGCGAGUUGAAGCAUUAUCGACUCUUGAGGGUGACCUUUGGCACUUCGGCUGCUCCGUAUUUAGCUGUAAGAAGUAUGCAGCAGUUAGCUGA